UUCUCUUACUUCUUUUCUUGGCUAAGCCGCGUUUGUACUGUGUCUUACCAUGCCUGAACCGGCAAAAUCCGCUCCGGCUCCUAAAAAGGGCUCCAAGAAAGCCGUCACCAAAGCCCAGAAGAAAGACGGCAAGAAGCGCAAGCGCAGCCGCAAGGAGAGCUACUCCAUCUACGUGUACAAGGUGCUGAAGCAGGUCCACCCCGACACCGGCAUCUCGUCCAAGGCCAUGGGCAUAAUGAACUCCUUCGUCAACGACAUUUUCGAGCGCAUCGCGGGAGAGGCGUCCCGCCUGGCGCACUACAACAAGCGCUCCACCAUCACGUCCCGCGAGAUCCAGACGGCCGUGCGCCUGCUGCUGCCCGGCGAGCUGGCCAAGCACGCCGUGUCCGAGGGCACCAAGGCUGUCACCAAGUACACCAGCUCCAAGUGAGUCCCUGCCGGGACCUGGCGCUCGCUCGCUCGAGUCGCCGGCUGCUUGACUCCAAAGGCUCUUUUCAGAGCCACCCACCUAAUCAGUAGAAAAGAGCUUGUUCACUUACUCCCUUAGUUUCUUCUCAUAAAGUAAGUUAUUUUAGUGUAAAGGUCAUGGGAAGUGGCACACAUAGCUUUUUAACCAUUUGGAACUUGAGGUCCCUGGUGCAUGAUUGGAUUUGCUUUUCAAUCUAGAGCGUGUCUUCACUCAUUGUGCUGCUUAGCUUUCCCAGGAGUCGGUUCUCAAUUAGGAUGUUGGGAAUCCGCCUCUUUACCCGCCCCCACUCGCGCCCCACACUGGCGCCCUGGUGGCUUCUUGGGUCUGUUUCAUUCUAAAACGAAGUGGCUGAGUUCGGCUGUUAUUUAAGAGAACUCCAGGACACAAUUCAGCCCAGGUUCCGCAAACACUGCGUGACAGCUCUGUAUGACUGACGCUUGGCAGCACCUUUUGUGUCCGGUCACCAGUUCUGCCGUGCGAUGGGGUCUCCUGUGGAUACCAGCCGUUCUGUGUAGUUUGGACGAAGCCCGCGCAGCCGAGUCCCAGCCUUUUCCUGAUUGGGCGACAUGAAUAUUCAAAUUCUGCGCCUCUUUCCAAUUUGUAGAUUUCAGUUUCCGUCGUUCACUUUGAGACUUUGAAAUUCCUAUUUCUCGUUUUGUUGAUAAUUAUCGCAUUUAAUGGUCUCUGCUUUAAAUGGUAAGGCUACGGCCCCAGGUCACUGCGAGGCACUUACCGUGUAGAUACGGGCUCAAAAGUCACCUCUCAGAGACCUACGUCAUCCACUAAGGAAUUCGCGCCACUCAUACUUGCCUGUCUCAUUUUAUCUUCCUUCUAGCAGCUGUCUGAAAUUGGUUCGUCUGUUUUCUUGUUUAUGGUAUUCUCAAGCCCUUGACAGACCGGCUGGUGUGGUUUUCCCGUGCAUCUUCAGCCUGGCACAUUAUGGACACUUACUUAAAUACUACGUAUUGAUGUAAUAUUGUUGGGUUAGUUUUUCCAUCCCAUCCUUUUCUUAAUCGCUUUCGUGGAUGGAUGAUGGGUGCUGUUCAUUUCCAUUAGAUGUAUGUGAAGGCACGGUGAAAAUGGAAAUGUUUUUGGAGCUACUUCCUCAAAUGUAUCCUUAGUCACCUCAGUGCAACAGCUGGGAGGGGGCCGUGUUAAGAUUUUUUUUGCAUCAAAGAGGAGGUGGCAAUGGUAGAUCCACCCUUAUGCUUCCCAGUUUAGCAUAACCUCUUUUGGAUUUUCAUCAAAUUCAGCGUAUUGGUCACUGGAAAGAGCCUUUUCCUUAUUUUCUUACUCUCCCCUCUUGGUGUUCCCCUCUUAAAAGGAGAGGAGCUUUUAAUUGACAGUCACCACCUCAUUUGCUUUUCAGGAGGCCAUGCAAGAUAGGCAGGACUACAGGGUUAAUCUCCUUUUUACAAAUGAGGCCAAGGGAAGCCUCAUUGGUUCACAGUCAUGCAGCUCAUACUGUCCACCCUUGUAUUCUCAGAUGCAGGACAAUUGCAUUUUAGUUUUAUUUUGUGGAGGUACAGAAUAUUUAGUCUUUCUGUCCAACCCUUGAUUCUGCCAAGGAAGACACUGAUGGUUUGAUGAGUGAUUCAACUCUGUUUUUGGCUAAGGGUUUUUGGAGUUGAUAGCAGUGGUCUGAUGAAUCCAAAUGAGCUCUAGACAUUAUCACAGGCUGAAUAAAUCUUAACUGUCUCCUACAUGAGUGUUUUCAAAUGUGUGUAGAUGCUAUUGUUAUUAAUAAAGUUACCAAUUAAUUUAAA